AUCUAGUUCUGUAGUAGUUUAAGAUAUGGGUAUGCUAUUUACUCCAGAAAAUGAUGAUCCAUACGCUAAUAUUCCAAGUCAUAAGGCAUUUACCCGUACGUAUCUUUCGACAGUGACUGCAGACUUUGGCGAGGACAACUUCCUGACAUGUCCACUUGGUAUACUUUUCACACUCGGUAUCCUGUUAGGUUCUGGUGGUGCUCAAGGUAGAACAGGUUAUCAAAUUGGAAAAGUAAUGAGACUGAAAUCGACAUCUUCUUCAUGGAAUUCUUCGGAAGCUCAACAAGAAAUGAAAUCAUUAUAUCAGGAGCUUAAUAACUCGCUUACUUCAGAAAAAACAUUUUUAAAUGAGAAAGAAGAAAAUGUUGUUAGAAUAUCAACAGGUAUAUUUGUACAAAAAACUUACGAAGUUGAAAGACGUUUUACCGAAAGUAUUGCAAAUGAUUUUGAAGGAGAAUUGAAACAGGUGGAUUUUUCUAAUGGAACUAGUGCUACAGUUGAUAUCAAUGAUUGGGUUGAUCAACAGUCUAAUGGUUUAUUGGAGAAAUUCUUUACAGAUGAUAUUCCAGAUGAUACUGCGAUGAUACUGGUAAAUGUUUUCUACUUUAGAGAUUUUUGGCAAAGUCCAUUUGAGCCUCAUUACACUAGGAUAGAAAAUUUUGAUAUUUCAUCAGAUCACCAAAUAACGGUUCAUAUGAUGACUCAAGAAGAAGUAAUGAAGUAUGGAAAAUUCGAAGAUGAAGGAUUUGAGAUCGUCAGUAAACCAUUAAAUAACACACGUUUCACAUUUGUUAUCGUGUUACCUCUUGAAAAGUGGUCGUUAAAUGGUGCCACAGAACUUUUGAAUGGUAAUAAAGUUUUGAGUGAAUACGUAAAGAAUUUGAAAGAAACUACAGUGUCAUUACGAUUACCGAAAUUUACAUUGAAAAAUACACUUCAUCUUGUGCCAACAUUAAAGUCUAUCGGUGUUGUCGAUUUGUUUGAUCCAGUAAAAUCUGAUCUGUCAGGUAUCACAACUCAUCACAAUCUAUAUGUGAAUGAAUUCAUUCAAACAAAUGUAUUGAAAUUAAAUGAAAGUGGAAUUGAAGCAACCACUGUAACUUCACCUAUAUUUGUGCCUAUUUCAGCCAUUAUACCAGAAGUAGACUUUCAUGUAACUCAUCCAUUUAUAUGCUUUAUAUAUGAUCAACAAUUAACAAUGCCGAUAAUGGCAGCUAAAGUAAUGAAUCCGAUUUUACAAUCGUAGUGAAACAAUCAUCAUUGACACUCAUAUAUAUUUGAUAAUUAAUUGAUUUCCACACAAAUCUUUUGUUUUAAUACAGUGAACUAUAUUACGAACAUUCGUUUUGUUUACUUUUCAGUGAUUAACAAAUAAAGAUUAUCCAUUUUUCU